AUGGAUAUUCCAGAAGACUUCCUCCAAGCUCCUCUCCCUCCGACCGCGACCAUCAAGAAGCUCGACUUCACUAAAACGACUCCUCCCAUCCCCGCGUACAAGAACCAUUUCGCCGCCAUAAUCAAUAACGUUUUGACCCCAGCUGAAUGCAACCAGCUCCUUCAACUCGCCGAGCAAUCCAUAACACCCCAAGGUACAACUAACCCAAACCCAGAGAGAACUCCCUGGGACCGCGCCCUCCUGAACGUCGGCAACGGGCAACAAAUUAACGCCCCCGGCUUCCGUAACUGCGGGCGUAUCUUAUAUGAUUCACCAGAAAUUGCAGAUAGAUUACUCAAUCGACUCUUGCCAUUUCUACGCGAGUGCGAUAUUGUCCAAAUCUUCAACCAGCCCCUGGUGACAGGGGCUGGGCCGGCGACUCGCGGCGAGACUUUUAAGCUGACACGGCUGAACGAGAAGCUACGGUUUUUGAAAUACACGGGUGGGGAAUACUUUCGUGCGCAUACUGAUGGGUGCUACGUGACCCCGGAUGAGCGAGAGAGGUCACUGUUCACAGUGCAUUUGUAUUUGAAUGGCGAGGGAGAGCAGGACGAGGCUGCACUCCAGAGCGCGAUCGUGAGACGGGAACGAGUCGAUGCUCGUGGUAAUGAUGGUAGUUCUGAUUGGGGAGUGGUAUUUGCAGAUGAAGAUAAGGAUGAGGGUAUGGAGUCAGAGGAAGAGGACGAAAGCCUUGAUGAUGGAAAAGAGCAACCCCUACUCGGUGGUGCCACCUCAUUUAGACUUGAGUCUUUCGCUGGGGAACGGGUGGUCAGAGUGUUUCCAAAGGCAGGCUCGGUACUGGUCUUUCAGCAGAGAGGGCUGUGCCAUGCUGGGGAUGAUGUGUUUCGGGGUGUGAAGUAUACCAUGCGGUCCGAUGUGAUGUAUGAGAAGGUCGAGAGUUGA